AUGCUCAUAAUCCCUACGAAAACUUCGCAUAAAAAGCCCUAUCCGGCGAUUUCUCCUGAGCGAGCUGAGCUGUCUCAAGCAGGCAGAACGAUACUCGUAACUGGAGGCGGACUAGGCAUCGGAUUCGCCAUAUGCAGAGCCUUCAUUGCCGCUGCUGCAUCUCGCAUCAUCAUUGUUGGACGCCGCACUUCUGUAAUUGAUGAUGCUGUUACCAAGUUGGCCGAUAUUACCAAAAGCCAAGGCCGCGAUACUAUCAUUCUGGGAAAACAAUGCGAUAUUGCUAAUCUAGAUUCUUCCAAGGCUCUCUGGGGCCAGCUAGCAGAAGAGGGUAUCAUAGUUGACACGUUGGUGCUUAAUGCUGCAACACAAGGUGGCCCUGGGCCGAUAUUGGAACGAGGAACUACCAAAGUGUGGCAAGAUCUCGCCAUGAAUGUCCAGUCUACGAUCUAUUUCACGGAGCAGUUUCAUAAGCAGCCUGGUAACAAAAAGAAAUAUCUUGUCAACGUCUCGAGCGCAGUGAUCCACAAGUUUGACGAACCAGUCAGACUUCUUCCUUCUUACAGCUUCACGAAGAAUUCCGCCGCAUUCUUCCUCCAGCAGACCGCCCUCCACGUUACAGCCGAGGACAUGCAGAUUGUGAGCUUCAACCCCGGACAGAUCCUCACCGAUGCUGCCAGAAACGCUGGAUUCGACGAGACAAGUGGUAUUGACUGGGACGACGAAAACCUCCCUGGCCACUUUGCCGUCUGGGCCGCCAGUCCAGAGGCAAACCUCUUGCACGGUCGGUUUGUUUGGGCGCACUGGGACAUUGAUGAGCUUCUUUCAGGAGAGAAUGAGCAGAAACUGAAGACGGAUGAUAAUUACCUGAGACUUGGCGUUAUCGGGCUGGCUUAA